GCUGCGUGCUGUACAUGUCAAACAUAACGUAUAUAGUAUAUUUAACUAACAUAUGGAUAAAUACAUGCUGGACAUGGAUGAUGAGCGCACAAGUAAUAGCAACAGUCAAUACGAGUUCAGCUUUGGGGAGCAGCUGGAACAGUACAAUGUGGAGACUUCGGCGGUGCAUCGCAAGCUACAGAGCAAGCUGGAGGCCUUGCGCAUAUUGCGUCAGGAACUGGAGCAGCUGACCUCGGAACGUGAUCAAUACAAGCUAAUGGCGGAGACACUGCAACUGCGUUAUGCGGCCAUGAAAUGCAACAGCGAGCUGAUUGCAGGUAGCAGUAAUGCCUGUGGGGCCUUGAGUGAAAACUCCAGCCUGGCUGCAUUGCUGCGUGAGACCAAUCUGAAAAAUCUAAAGCUCAACACAGAAGUGGAGGCGCUGAAGCAACGUCUGAGCGAGCUGCAGGGUGAUAUGACGUUGUUGCGUGAGCGUGAGGCAGGCAGCAAGCUUAAACUGCAGUCGUUGCUCAAUGAGCAUGCUGCUCAUAACAAGGAGGAGCUGCAUUGGAAACGUGAACGCGCCAAUUUCAUUUGUCAUUUGGAGAAUUUAAAAAAGAAAAACGCACAAUUGGCCUUUGAUCUAAAGGCCAUUAUAGAUGAAAAGGAGGAGCUUAUCACAGAGCGGGAUGCUUACAAAUGCAAGGCACAUAGGCUGAAUCAUGAACUACUGGUGGCGUUAAAGGCCAACAAAAUGCAUCCAAAGCUGCUGGACAUAGACGCUGUGCUGUUGGAGAAUAAAUAUCUGCAUGAGCGUGUCAAGAUACAGGAAGGCGAAUUAGAUCUAACCAAGCAUGCUGUGAGCAAGUAUAAAACCAUGCUGGAGGCCAAGCGUAAGAAAGGCAUUGUUAAGCUAUCUGGCAAUAACGGCGAUGAUACUAUACUAAGCCCCAGGCAAGUUAAAACCAUACUGGAGAGCGGCAUUGAUUUGCCUGGCAAAACGGAGAGCAUUGAUGACUUGAAAUCGUUAUGCCUGGCGCUGCUGGAUAAUCUUAAUGACAAGAAUCUAGCGCUAACGCAUCAGAAGAAGACCAAUAAAAUACUGGCCACUAAAAUGGCGGAGCUAGAGCAGCGCUGGCAGCAGCUGUUGAGUGGGGAAUCUGAAAGCGCUGGCAUUGAUGAAGGUGAUGAGGAAGAGGAAGACUGUGGCUAUGCGCCCUCGCAGCUGCUGCUUAAUGGUUACUGUCCUUCUAUGGUGGAUGAAACAGAAGGCGAAACAGAAACAACAACAACAACAGCAGCAGCAGCAAAUGCUCCCGAGCCAACAGCAACGAAAACCACAACAACAGCGGCAGUAGAUGCCACACAAUCCGAGCCAUACGAAGCCAAGCAGUCCGAUGAUGGCAUGUCUUCGUUAUCCACAGAGUCUGCUGACUCUUCAGUUUACGGUGUAGACGUGCGACUGCAGCAUACUAUCGUCAAUCCCUACAAAUCCUCAUCUGUAACAACAGAUUCGGGUAAUUAUGGUUAUGCUGGCAGCGGCACACCUUGCAUAUCCAGCACCAUAGCUAGAGAACGCAUGGAGGACUUGAAAGAUUUGCCUCCGCAUUUGGCAGCCUUGGUGCAAAAAACGCUGCAUGAACUAGAUGUGCGCGACUAUGAGGCUAUGGUGGCUAUAAGAGCUGAAAAUGCGUCCACAAUGCCCGCUUUAAAGUUAUAAAACAAUUUUGUUAACUAAUUCUAUAUAAUUUAACAAUACAACAUACCUCCAUUCCAUA